GGUUAAGCAGCAGGGCCUAGAACAUCGCUCCGACCGGUGGUAUGCAUGUAGUCAGUCCAACCUUCGCAUUGGUGGUACGUCUUUUGCCACCUGCGCCCUUGGCUUACAGCGCUAUAAUAGCACUCUGCAGUUAUCGUUCGAUUUUCAGACCGUUCUCGACCACCGGCUCGUUAUCACGGGUGCGUACACCGCGAUCAGCUUCAUUUCGGCGGACCCGUUAACCAGGCAGCAAAGAAAGGGCAGUGAGUGCUCACCAUGACCAGACCCGAACCGUCCAGCCGCAGCCCUACGCGCGGGGAACGCAUAACGCGCUACGAUAAACCGCACCAGCGUGCCGAACAGGUGGGCAAUUGGGGUGUGCGCGUCUUUACCGGCAGUGAGAAACAGUCGAAAGUGUUCUGCAAUCCGGUGAUCUUCAAUCAGGAUGCAACCAGAGUGCAACCGUACCAGGAGAACGAUUGGGGCAACAACGAAACGACCCCGAACUAUGCGGCCGAUCGUGUUGCGAACGGGUCGGACCGACAUGGUAGAGACGGUGGCGGUUACGAUGUGCGACGGUCGGUGUUGGAAAAUGCACUGAACAUUGCUUUUCUGGCGGCCAACUCGAAUCAGCUGCGACUGCUGAGCACAUCGAACAUCGAGCGGCAGGAAUCGUCCACCUAUCUGGCCAUCUUUGCGCUGCUGAUAGUGUCGCUCAUACUGCAAAUCAUGAACUGUGUCGCCAUGCUGAUGAUGUCGACGUACACCAGUCAGCGUUGGCCACUGCUGCGAACCCUGGCCUGCAUUGCUGCCACCGUAAUUGCGCUGCUCAAUCUGGCCGUCGUAACGAUGCUGAAUGUUUUGCUUGAAACGCAGUAACUUUUGUACAAACUUUACUAUAUUCUCACAUUUUUUAGACAAAAUGUUGUUAACGAACGUAUGUUCAUUUCGAUUGUUAUGGUUGGAUACUUUAAGAAAGUCUUGUAAUUACAUUUCCCCAUAAACUUGAACUAAAUAAAUGUUUUAAGAAAUUUGCACUACUCUAAAUCUGUUUUUCCAACAACUAUUAGGACAUUCGAAAUGUGGGGUUGUUUUAACGGGCAUAAUAUACUAACA